CUCACCCCUGAGCACCCCUGAGCAUGUUCUCAAGUACCGAAACCGUGGCCCUUAGCUCUCAACUGGGAGACUUUCUUUGCAAAUAGAUGGCCGACGGCGUCGCACGCAAAAGAACAGUCAGUACUUACUACUUCAGUGGUCAUGGCGGGGACGUGGUCUUGUCAACUUCAGGUGCCAGUCGUCACUUACGUCCACUGUCAUCACAUCGCGUUAUUCACCACGCCGUCCAAGGUAUGGUCCCACACGGGAACCACACAACCCGGCCCCAGAGCGAUCUAAUUUACGAUCACCGUCAAGUGUAACGAACUUUCUACAGUAAUUGUAAUUUAGCCCCUACACCCAAGGCACGAAAUAUCUUUUUAAAACGUGGGGCGCUCUGAAUGUCAAUUUUCCAUCCUUCUUUCACUUUCACUCCCAGUGCCGCCAUGUCCGAUGUUUUCGAUGCGAAGGCGAAGUUCUUCCCCCACGAAAAGUCGUCCUUCGAGACGACGUCCAGGGAUGACGAGCCCGCCGACCUCAAUAUUCCUGACAAUUACGUCGACCACAUCCUCAAAACAACGAAACAGUUGCCUCCCAUUACAUGGUCCAAUAUCUUGAAUGAGAUUCAGUGGAGGAAUUUCACCGCCAUUUUUGGUCUUCCCAUCAUCGGUUUCAUUGGUGCUUAUUAUACGAGUUUGAGGGUGGAGACAUUCAUCUGGAGUGUAGUUUGCCAUUUUUUAUCUGGUCUGGGUAUGUCUGCUGGCUAUCACCGUCUUUGGGCCCAUCGCGCAUACAACGCCUCACUUCCCCUCCAAUACGUCCUCGCUUGUCUUGGUGCCGGAUCUGUUCAAGGUUCCAUCGGGUGGUGGGCUAGAGCUCACCGCGCUCACCACCGAUACACUGAUACCGACCUUGACCCGUACAGUGCGCACAACGGUUUCUGGUACUCCCACGUUGGAUGGAUGCUUCUACGACCAAGGAGAAAGCCAGGUGUAGCGGACGUUAGCGACCUCAGGCGCAACCCUGUAGUCAAGUGGCAACACAAAUACUACUAUCGGUUGGCCGCGACUUUUGCACUCCUUAUCCCGACGUUGGUUGCCCAUUACGGAUGGGGCGACGCGAAGGGUGGAUUUGUUUACGCUAGUAUUUUGCGGUUGGUGGUUGGGCAUCAUUCUACGUUCUGUGUUAACUCUCUUGCACACUGGUUAGGUGAAACACCAUUCGAUGACAAGCAUACACCCCGCGACCACAUGAUUACCGCCUUUUUGACCUCUGGUGAAGGUUACCACAACUUCCACCACCAGUUCCCCAUGGACUUCCGAAAUGCUAUCAAAUGGUAUCAGUACGACCCCACGAAAUGGACUAUCUGGGUCUUGUCCAAGCUUGGGUCGGCCAGCCAUCUGAAGAGAUUCCCCGACAACGAGAUUCGCAAGGGGCAAUUGACUAUGCAGCUCAAGAAGUUGAAGGAGGUCCAGGACGGCUUGAUUUGGCCGGCUGAUAGCAAUGACCUACUGGUGGUCUCUUGGGAGACUUGUAUGGCUUGUUACAAUCUUUGUCUCUUCUCAGAUGACAUAUUUUCCCUUCCAGUCCAAAACCAAUCUGCGAAGAGACCGUUGAUUCUCAUCGCCGGAUUCAUCCACGACCUUUCGGGCUUCAGUGAGGAACAUCCUGGAGGCGCUCAUUUAAUUCGCAAGUUCAUCGGUAAAGUUAUUUCAACGUUUUCGACCUUCGUAUGUUAAUAUGGUACGUGCUCUUGUAGGGAAAGAUGCAACCACGGCAUUCUUUGGUGGUGUGUAUGACCAUUCAAAUGCUGCGCACAAUCUACUAGCAAUGAAACGCGUCGGUAUCCUCAACAACGGACAUCCACAGGCACUCGACGACAAGGGCGUCCCUCCCGGUUCACGACUAAAGGUCACGAAGUACACAGAGCUUAGCGAACCUGCUUGGAGUGAGGACGAAUAGAUAUGUUCUCUGUUUCUUAUACUUGUCAACAAUGGCUCUCGGGCCGCCUCCUUGUAAUACUGGGGAACACUUUGUGUUGAAUCCAUACCCUUCCGCUUGACAUCAGAAAACAACCAUUGCCGGCUUGUCCGGCUUUUCGCGGCUUUUUCC